AUGGCACCAAUUUGCCAUCCCUUUACCUACUCGUAUGCCUCCACCAGAUUGUCGAUACGAUGGGUGCCAGAACCUCCCUUCGAAAACACAGACACGCUCGUGUUGAUCGUGGGGGAAUGGUACGUCGAUUUGCGGAUCGAUAAGCAAUCGGGGGGUCUGGACUGGGCGAUCGCUGGCCAGUGCCUACAACAGAACACGGAUCCCCGUAGCCUGGUCUUCACCCACGAGAUCGACUCCAAUAAUAACUUCAACGUCAGCGAUCCUUGUCCCUUCGUGCCUCUCCCUAAUGGAGACGAUCUCGAGACUGGAUCGAUGUGUCGGCCUGAUCUCCCCGGUCACCCGGUCACGGACUAUGAAGAAGUAUGGAGAUAUCUGCCAACGGGACAGAGCGAGGAAGGUCUGGGGCACAACAUUGCGUGGAUUUUGGAGUCAGAUGAAGAUGAGUUGCGGGAGGGCCAGGGCAAAAUCACCAAGACAUUUCUGGGAAGAAUCGGAAGCCGAUAUUUGGCCUUGCAGCAAGUACAGACCCAUUCGAGGGUUCACGGAAGCUGGAAUGUCAAUAUCAUGGGGGGAGACCUGAAUGCUCGGAGUGAGGAAUGGAUUGGCGAUCGUUGGAAAGAGAAACAUGUCUUGAUAAACGGCUGUAAUGAAUUGCCGUCGAUGGGCAAAGACUUCGAUAUGCACAACCAGGCGUCUUGGCAUGUGGGGCGGCGGGUCACGUUUAGGGGCUGUCAGUACACUGUGCGCGCAUUUGAGCAGGCAGAAAUAACGGCGCGGGGGACACGAUUGUGA